AUGUGGAUGUGUCAUGAUCCCAAACUCACAUCACAACAACACACUGACACCUCAGCUGGAUUUUCUGACCCGCUCUGGUCCAAAAAACAGUCAACACCCUCACAAACCUCACUGACAGGCUCAUAAACACACUAAGAGGUGGUACGUGAAUCGGACGGUGGGUUUAUGUCGUAGAAUCCGCAGGUUUUGGGUCCGGUUCGUUCCGCCCGAAUCAUGUCCUGCUGCCUGCUGGAGUUCGGCCGGGUCCAGGAGCUCAGACAGGUGCGAGAGUUUCUGUUCCCCAAGCACAAGAAAGCCGGUCCGGAGGAAGAGAAAACACAAGCAGAGCAUGAGUUAACGUGGGAUGACUCGGACUGGGGCUCCUGGGAGAAUCCUGACGGUAAAGAGGAUGGAGCUCAGGUUUGUAUUAAGGCUGAGGAGGAGGAGCAGCAGCAGCAAAGCGCCCCCUGGCUGCAGGACUGUGUUCUGUCUCUCUCGCCCUGCUCAGAUCUACUGGUCAUUGCUCGAGAGCAUAAAGCCACAUUUCUCUCUGCAAAGUGGCGGACAGCUGAAAGUGGGCAGGAGGAAAUGGCCCUAACUGUGACCUGGAGCGGAACGCUGAGAGUUGAAGAGGGAGAGUGUAUCAGUAGUGUUAUCUGUAUUCCGUUGGCCAGUCAAAAGAGAAGUUCUACCGGUCGCCCCGACUGGACCUGUAUUGUGGUUGGAUUCAGCUCAGGUUAUGUCCGUUUCUACACAGAGAGUGGUGUUCUUCUGUUGGCCCAAUUGUUGCAUGAAGAUCCUGUGCAGCGACUGAAAUGUCGCACCUAUGAGAUUCCACGUCACCCUGGAGUAACGGAACAGCAUGAGGAGCUCAGUAUUUUGUACCCAGCAGCCCUGGUCACCAUCGAUGGCUUUAGUCUCUUCCAGUCUCUACGUGCCUGUCGAAACCAGGUUGCCAGAGCGGCAGCAGCAGGAAGUGAUGUCAUCCAGCCUCCACCACUGGCCUAUAAGAAGUGGGGCCUACAAGAUAUGGACACAAUUACAGACCAUUCCAGCAUCGGUAUUACUACUCUGAGUGUGUUCGAUCAGAUGAAAAAUGCCUCCAUUCUGGGAGGAUAUCAUGCUUCGGUUAAAGGAAGCCCUCCUGCUAUGAGUCAGUAUAUCACAGUGGGAGGAGGACCCUACACUGGGUUUUACUACGCUAUAGAGGGAAGUUCUCAGCCUCUUCUCUCCCAUGUGGCUCUGGCUGUGGCCAGCAAACUCACAUCAGCUCUGUUCAAUGCUGCCAGUGGUUGGUUGGGAUGGAAGAGUAAAAAUGAAGAGGAGUCAGUGCAGAAACAGAAGCCAAAGGUGGAGCCGGCCACAGCCCUUCCUGUUAGGUUUGGUCUUCCAGAUUCUCGUCGACAUGGCGAGUCUAUCUGUCUCUCUCCAUGUAACACUAUGGCUGGAGUCACAGAUGACUUUGGAAGAGUCACGCUGCUGGAUGUGGCACGAGGCAUCGCUAUCAGGAUGUGGAAGGGCUAUCGUGAUGCUCAGCUCGGGUGGGUGCAGGUGUCAGAGGCUCCUGGGGAGAGAGAAAUAGCCACAUCUCCCUCUAUGCCCCGCCGGCACGCCCAGUUUCUGGUGAUUUAUGCCCCACGUAGGGGCAUUUUAGAGGUGUGGGGAACUCAGCAUGGACCUCGAGUAGGGGCUUUUACUGUAGGCAAACACUGCAGGCUGUUGUAUGCAGGUCACAGGUUAAUGGGUGUGAAUAGUGUAACCAGUCAGGGUUGGCAGAUACACACACAGCAGGUGUGUCUUUUUGAUCCGGUUAAUGGAGCCCUGAGAGCCAUCACCAUACCAUUCCACCUGGCACUCAGUGAUAAGAAGAGUGAGCGUGCUAAAGACAUGCACCUGCUAAGGAGACUCACCACUCUACUGAGGACCAGGGAGGUGGAACCAGCUCUGCUUGAGAGUGAAGCACAAAGUGUGUUAUUGGACAUUAAACAUCCAGCUAUUAAGAAACAGGCCCUGGAGUCACUGCUGUCCAAUAAGAAUGCUCCAGUGUCCUGUUUGACCCAUGUUACUCGUGCAUUAUUGGCUAGCCUGAAAGAACAAGAUCCGGAAGCAGUGGAUGAGUCGUUGCUGCAGUUUUGUUCAUCCCAGCUCAAACUUCUUCAGCUCUAUACAGAUGUUCAGUUACUGCACACACCAGAUACAUCACCCACUGAGCCAGAACAUCCGUCUUUUUCUGGCAUUGAGGAGGAUCUUGCUCGUGUUGGCCCAAUCCUGCAACGAUACACAGAGAUGAACUCUCGGCCCUCUGUCUCAUUUGCUCAAGACUCUAGUGGGCCGCUGCCAGUCCGAACAUUUCUGUCUCAGUUGGAAUGGGUGAACGGAGAGCUCAGAGUGAUUAAACAACCUGAUACCGACUGGACCCAACUAGGUAGUUUCCUGUUCUGGGGUUGUCUGUCUGGACAGAGUCCUUUACAGAGAGUGUGUGAGACUCUGCAGGAAAGUGGCAUCAGCCCUCAGCAGCUAUUGUCUUUGCUCUUAUCAGUUUGGCUGAACAAAGAAAAAGAAGUACUGAAGUUCCCAGAUGCCGUCUCACACCUGCACACGUUGCUGUCUACCCUCAGCUCAAUGAAAGGAGCAGUAAAUGAGUCAUGGGACGGCCAGUGUGUCUCACCCUGGUGGCAGCAGGUCCGCACAGCAUGUGUUCAGUCUGAAAGCGCGGCCUCCGCACUACUGGCUGCUCUAGUCGCUCAUCGUGUAGCCAAGAAUGCCAUCACCAGGCUGGCAGAAAGCAAGUUUCAGGAGGAGUGGGUGUGUGUUUCUCUGGAGUUGGAGCAGUGGGUUGUGUGUAUAAAGCAGUUGGAGGAUGUUCUUGCUCUGCAGACGCUGCUCUGCCUGCCGUCUCUUCAGGGCUCUACAGGGGGCACUGUUACACGCUGCUCAGUCAAAACACUAUUAGAGAGUGGCAGAGGUGGUGUAGCAGACUGCGUUUCAAAAUUGAUCUUCAGACAGGGUGUGUCUCCAGAUCUCUUGAGUAAGAUCUUUCAACAGAGGGGAGAGAAUGAGCCCACGGAACAGCCCUUUCAGCAAGGCAGGGAGGAGAAACUGGAGGAGCUGCUGGAGUGUGUGUGUCAGCGGUUCCCAAGCUCUCUGUCUCCUGAUGUGCUGUUUGCUCACUGUAGCUGGGAAAAUGUGGUCCAGUGGAACAAAGACCCAGAGGUGGGGCAGUACUUAGAGUGGUCAGUGGAGUUUUUGAAGAUGAUCUCCAGUCCUUACAUUCAGUUGGGUGUCUCUGCAAUGAUGUGGCAGACCUUCAUAGUCAAGCGGUUUUCAGCUGCUGCCUUCCUAAUGGAAAAGGUGGGAAAGGCACCUAAAGACCGGCUGUGCAGACGGGAUGUCGGAAUGGGAGACGCAGCCGUGAAGAGUUUCCUGGGCUCCUGCGUGCAGUUACUGCAGGCUCUGAUGGAGGCGGAUUCAGGGGUGGAGGAAGUGUCUGUUCCAGAUGUGAGCGUGGAGGAAGUGUGGGGCGGUGCUGAGGGUCCAGUGUCUAUUGUGGAGUUAGCUUUAGAUCACAGAUCCAUACACUAUCCCCUCGUUCAGCAUCACUGUGUAUUAGCUUCACUGCUGCAUGCCGCCAUGACCUUCUCCCUGCGCCUGAAACCGCUCAGUCUGUUCGACAGCAAGGGCAAGAAUGCGUUUUUUAGAGAUUUGGCGUCCAUUCAGUUGCUGCCCAGUGGAGAUAUGGACCCCAACCUGGUGGCUGUGAGACAAGAAUUUCUGAUGAACGUGUUAACAGGCUGGGUGAAGGUUCUAGCUGAAGCUGAGGAGAACGGUGUAAAACACAGUGGUUCUGAAGACAUGUGGCCGUCUGUGUGUAUGGAGCUCUCGUCUCUACUGCAAGUCAAUACUGACAUACUACGCAGACACCUUGUUUGUGAGCUCUAUAACCAGGGCCUGGACCUGCGGGCAGAGGAGGUGAUGAUGGAGGUGCAGGACAAGGAUGUUUUGGGUUCUCAGCUGCUGGUGUUGACUGGUCAGAGACUCUCUUUCUCCCUACUCCACUCCCAGUCACAGACCAAACCCAACAUGGAGCUGCUGGCCCGUCUGCCGCCGACCCUCUGCACCUGGCUGAAGGCUAUGGACCCCAGUGAGCUGCGCUGUCCUUCAGUACCUCUGUCUCAGAGCAGUCAACUGAUCAACAAAGUCAUCGAGAUGCUCCCCGAAAACCACGCCCAGUAUAACCUUGCCCUCCACCUGCUGGAUGCUGUGGACUCUUUACACGAAGAGCCCUGAUAUAGAGAAAUGCAUUGGAGGAGAAAUAAUGAGAAUCAUGUUUUUUUUUUUAAAUAUUCCAGACUCAAAAACCUUCCCAGGAGCCCAAAGACCUGGAAAACCAUCCAGUCAGCAGCCUAAAUAAAUGCAUCAUCAUCAUUAUCAUCAGUAAUCUGCUUAAUUUAGCAGGCUUUAAUCUCUUUUCCCAACUGUCACUAAAAUAACAUAUCAAGAACACUCGCACUUCUAGAGGAUCUGCUACCCCACAAUGCCUGUGCACAUUGAACGUGUCACGAACAAAGGGCCUGGAGUCUCUAGUGUCUAGAGUGUUAUUAGGAUAAAAACUAUGUUAUUCAUGUACAGUAGUCCUGUAAUUAAAGAAGGGCAUUCUUUACAAGGAAGCCUUAAAAUAAUAUUGUGCUUUAAUCAGUAUAAUCAAAACAUUACAGUAUAUUAACACCAUGAGGGGUAUAUUUUCUAUUUCAAAUUCUAGAUGUUCUCGUUCAUUUAUUCUGCCAAAUAAAUGUGUCUGUAAUGUCUAAUUGAUGCUGUUUAUUAGUCAACAAGCACUAAAAUGUCAUCUGUUAAUGUAUGUGUUUAUUUUAAAUGUUCAACUUUAGGUGUGGUUGCAAGGUGAGAGAAAAGAAAGACCUCUUCUGUAGUGCUGACCUUUUAUGCAGUCCUGUACCAGCUGUGCCUGGCUACUCAUAUAAUACGUGAUACCAAAAUUAAAGACGAUUUCCGAGAA